ACAACUGUACUGCAAAUCUCUGUAUGAACAAUGGAACGUGUGUGGAUGGUGUGGACACCUUUACCUGUCUAUGUUCAUCUGAUUUCGAUGGAACAUUUUGUGAAGUUGAUAUUGCACCACCUGUGUUAACGAACUGCGUCACAGUGACAGUAAACACAGCAUUAGGCAGCAACAAGGGGGAGUACAAGUAUGAAAGCACACCACCUACCUGUACUGAUAAUGGGGGAGCGACUUCGCUCAUCUACUCAAGGACUUCUACACUUUUUCCCAUUGGUGAUACAACCGUCACCGUUGUAUGUCUUGAUGAAGUCAGUCUUAGUGACGUGUGCAAGUUUACUGUAACUGUGACAGACAAUGAAUCGCCUAGACUGAAAGACUGCCCUAUUGAUCAAGAAGCUUUUGCUGAUUCUACUAAUUAUACCACAGUCAAUUGGACUGCACCCACGGUAGAGGAUAAUUCAAUGGCAAUAAUUGAUCUGACACCUAGCAAUAGUUCCGGAACCAGCUUUCCAGUUGGGACCACUCUAGUCACCUACACAGCUACUGACCCAUCAGGAAAUUCAGACACCUGCUCCUUCAAUGUGACUGUGUAUUUGGAGGACAAUUUGAGUCCUGUUAUUAUAUGUUCACCACCGUCCAUUAACGCUACUGCGGAUUUUGAAUCGAACUCGACUGUAGUCGUGUGGUAUUCACCUAUGGCUACGGACAAUGCUGGAGUGACGCAAAUAACAGUCUCAGAGGCGAGCGGAACUAGAUUCUAUGUUGGAGAAACUGACGUUGUUUUCACAGCAUUUGAUCGAGCUGGAAACAAUGGAUCUUGUACUAUUAAAGUUACUAUAUUAGAUAUACAAGCACCAAUGUUUGGAUAUUGCCCUUGGAACAUCGUCAGAACAACUGAUCCAGGUUCAAAUAGCUCCAUUGUCACUUGGAAAGAGCCUUUUGUCAAUGAAAAUCAUGGUUAUGUGUUGACAUCAACUGCUUCUUCUGGGGUUGCUUUCCCUGUUGGACAAACAACGGUCGUGUACUCAGCCACAGAUAAUUCUAAUCUAAUGGAUUCUUGCAGCUUCAAUGUUACAGUUCUAGAUGACGAGCCUCCAUCAUACAGCUGCCUGAAUAAUAUGGAGGUGUCGACUGACUCUGGUCUAGCCAAUGCUACAGUGAAUUGGAUGGUGCCUCAAGCUACUGAUAAUGUUGAGAUUGUCAAUGAGACUGCUUCACACAUGCCAGGUGUUGUUGUUGAUCUUGGUAAUAACAUCAUGGUGGAGUAUGUAGCGGUUGAUGCUGCAGGUCUGAAUGGUACCUGUAGUUUCAACAUCACCGUGAAAGAUACUGAAGAUCCCGUACUGGUAGGCUGUCCAGCGUCAGUAAAUCCUCUGCUAGCAAUGGGGGCCUCGACAGUCAUUGCGAUGUGGACUGAACCCACAGCAUCAGAUAACUCUGGAUCUGUAACUCUGACUGCCAUCUACAGACCAGGCGUUACACUUGGUAUCGGUACCCAUACUGACACAUACUUUGCUUCAGAUGCAGCUGAAAAUGUGGCUAAGUGUUCAUUCGACAUAGUUGUUGAAGACCAUGAAGAUCCUGUGAUAGCAUCUUGCCCCACUGAUUUGGAAGCUUUCGCUGACCCUGGCACAAAUGUGUCAGUGAGUUGGACUCCACCAACAGCAACAGACAACUCUCUUAGCGUUGACCUCACAUCAAAUUACCAGCCAGGGCAAGAGUUUGAGAAUGGCACCUACAUCGUUGAAUACACUGCUGUUGACAAAUCAGGAAAUACGAUGAUUUGUUCUUUUACCAUCAUCGUCUAUCCAACUGAUACUGAACCACCAGUCAUAACCUGUCCAGUUAAUAUCUCUGUAUCGGCUGACCCAAUGAGCAACUCCACGUCUGUGAGUUGGCCCCAACCAACUUACAUGGACAACUUCAGGUUCGGUAGUGUCAAUGUGACCCAUGAAAAUGGCUCUGUUUUCUUCUUGGGAACUGAGGUGGUGGUGUAUACAGCAUUGGACACAAGCGGAAACAAUGGCUCUUGUUCGUUCUCGGUGACUGUUGAAGAUAUCGAAGCCCCAGUUGUCUUGUCUUGUCCAAAUGGCACUGUGAGCAACACUGAUCCGAAACUUGCAACAGCAAACAUUUCAUGGAUUGAACCCGAGGCCAUGGAUAACUCUGGUUCUGUCACGAGAAGUUCUAGUUAUUCUCCAGGGUAUGGCUUUCCCAUCGGCAGAACUUUGGUGACAUACGUUUUUUCAGAUGCCUCCAACAAUGAAGUAGAGUGUGUCUUCAACGUUACAGUGUUAGACAUGGAGGCCCCAGUCAUUAUGAAUUGUUCAGAGAACCUUUACGCUUUUACUGAUCCUGGUAAACCGUUUGCCACCUUCAGCUUUGAUAACCCCGACAUUUCCGAUAAUUCUGGGAAUUUCACUAUCGUUGAGUCAAGCUCCACAAACUGGGCUGAAUUCCCAGUUGGAUUUACUGAAGUGUUUUACAGAGUGGAGGAUGAGUCAUCCAAUAGAAACGAAUGCAAUUUCACAAUCGAAGUCACAGAUGAUGAACCUCCAACAUUUGCAGCAUGUCCCUCUGUAGAUAUCACCAAUGGUACCCUCCCCGGUGAUUACAGGGGAACGGCUUACUGGAGCUCGGUUCUACCUUCUGACAACGCUAAUGUCACAUACACAAAUUCCAGCCACCAGCCAGGGCAGGUCUUUGAAGUUGGAACGACAGCAGUCGAGUAUGUUGCAAAGGAUGCAGCCGGAGAAGAGGGGUUCUGCAGAUUUAAUGUUGUAAUUGAAGAUGAUGAAAAACCAGUAUUCGCCAACUGCUCUUCUGACAUCUACGUGAAUACAAGUAUAGGAUCUAAUAUGGAGGUAGUUAACUGGACACCUCCCAAAGCAACGGAUAACUCUGGAAUGGUCGUAGUCACUCAAAACGUUCCUGAUGGAGCUUUUUCAAUCGGAGAAACUUCCAUCACAUACAUCGCUGCUGAUGCUGCUAACAAUGUAGAGCGUUGCAUGUUCUUCAUCUUUGUCAGUGAUUAUGAGAAUCCAGUCGUCACUUGUCCUGCAACUGUUGAGGCGUUUGCUGACCGUGGCGCAAACGUAUCCCUUACCUGGUGGGAUUCAAAUCUAGUACAAAGUGCUUCUAAAGUCUUUGAAAUAAACAUUUUAUGUUUGCAGAUUAUGAGAAUCCAGUCGACUUUUGUCCUGCAAAUGUUGAGGCGUUUGCUGACCGUGGCGCAAACGUAUCCCUUACCUGAUUAUGAGAAUCCAGUCGUCACUUGUCCUGCAAAUGUUGAGGCGUUUGCUGACCGUGGCGCAAACGUGUCCCUUACCUGGUCCAUGCCCACCGCCACUGACAACUCUAUGGAAAUGGUCACUAUUGAGUCUACCCAUCCAUCUGGGUUUGAGUUCCUUGUUGGUACAACAGACAUCACAGUCACAGCAACUGAUCCAUCAGGCAACAGUGUCAACUGCACAUUCCAAGCCAUUGUUUAUCCAACAGACAUGCAGGUGCCAGUGAUUAUAUGCCCUUCGAACAUUAAGGUUCCAACAGACCAAGGACUAGAUUCAGCCAAUGUGACGUGGCCAUUGCCACAAUACAUGGACAAUGAAGAGAUUGUUGUGUUUAACGUCAGCAAGCAGAACGCCAGCCUGUUUUAUAUCGGCACUACAGAAGUAUCAUACCUUGUUGUAGAUCGUAAUGGCAACAAUGCCUCCUGUACAUUUAUUGUGGAGGUUAUUGACGAUGAAAGACCUGUUGUCACACAAUGCCCGACUGACGUUGUGAUCAUGAACAAUGAGUCACGAGUCGUUCACUGGUAUCCAGCGGUGUUCAAGGACAACUCUGGGACAGUCAACAUCACAAGUAACUUCAGUCCAGACAUAGAAUUUCCUUUUGGGACAACUUUUGUCAUCUACGAGGGUGUGGAUCCAAGUGGAAAUCGAGCAGUAUGUAAUUUCACCAUCUUUGCAAAUGAUACUGAAGAUCCUGUCGUAGAAAACUGUCCCGAGUCCAUGGAUCUGUACUUGUACGGCAGUCAACCAAAUGCCACAGCAAACUGGACUAGGCUUAACAUCACCGAUAACUCUGAUGCAUUUUCCGUGGAGCAAAACUUUUACUCUUUGGAUAGGUUUCCAACUGGUACCACUGAGGUCGUUAUCACUGUCAGUGAUGGCGCUAACAACACGGCAGAGUGUGUUUUUAAUGUCACUGUAGUAGAUCUCUCGCCUCCAGUCAUUAUGGGUUGCCCAAUGAACAUCAAUGUAACUACCGAUCUUGGUGAAGACUUUGCUAACGUAUCUUGGCGAGCCCCACAAGCUUUUGAUAAUGUAGAGCUGGUAUCACUAUCAGUAUCUCAAGGACCAGGAACCCAGUUCCCUGUUGGUAUUACAUCUGUGUUGUAUACAGCUGUAGAUGCAGCCAACUUAAGAGAUGACUGUUCCUUCAAUGUUACAGUAGUGGAUAAUGAGAAGCCUCGUUUUGUCCGCUGCCCAAGGAGCCGUAAAGUACCCAAUGAUCCCGGAAGCAACAAUGCUUCGGUCAACUUCACUGUUGAAGUUAUGGACAACGUGAAUGUGACAAACCUUGAUUUCAAUUAUGAACCUAAUGACGAGUUUCUGUUUGGAGUGACAACGGUGGUUUACACAGCAACAGAUGCUGCCGGAAACCAACAAACUUGUACAUUUGACGUUGAGGUGGAAGAUGUUGAAGGUCCAGUUUAUGAGAACUGCCUGCCGAACGUGACGGCUACAACUGCACUAGGAAGUGAUGUAGCUUCUGUGAGUUGGGUGGAGCCUACAGUGAUUGAUAACAGUGGAGUAAUGAUAUCAGCUGGAAGCAACAAACGCCCAGGAGAUGAAUUUGGCAUUGGCUCAACAACGGUGACCUACGUUGCUCUUGAUGAUGAGGGAAACUCAGGACGGUGUGAAUUUGAGGUCAUCGUCACUGAUGAUGAACCUCCUACGUUCCUGAACUGUUCCAUGGACAUUGAUGUUGAGAUUAUGGAUCCGGGCGUCAACACAACCGUUGUCAACUGGACCAUCCCAGUAGCGUCUGAUAACUCUAAGUCUGUUGUGGUGACUCCAUUGACUGAAGAGCCUGGAGUGUUCUCUGUUGGUACAACACUCAUUGUCUACAGUGCCUCAGAUCCUUCAGGAAACACUGCCAACUGCUCCUUUAAUGUUAUCGUCCGACCGUACGUACCAGAAGAGCUGAGGAUAGUCUGUCCAGACGACGUGUCCUUUGAGACUGAUGGCCCCUCGUCCAACGGCUCGACUGUGUUCUGGACUCCCCCAAUGUACAAUGGCACUGUAAUGGAAAAGGUUGAAUCCAACUAUGCCAACAAUAGCUACCUGGAGGUUGGACAAUACUUGGUUGUAUACAAUGCUACUGCCCGAGAUGGAAGAGUCACAUCCUGUGACUUCUACGUUUCUGUUAUAGAUGUACAUCCCCCAGUCAUCAUGGGUUGCCCAAUGGACAUCAAUGUAACUACCGAUCUUGGUGAAGACUUUGCUAACAUAUCAUGGACAACUCCUCAAGCAUUUGAUAGUGUAGAGCUGGUAUCACUAUCAGCAUCUCAAGAACCAGGAACUGAGUUCCCUGUUGGCAGUACAGUUGUGAUGUAUACAGCUAUAGAUGCUGCUAACAUCACAGACAGAGACAACUGUUCCUUCAAUGUUCUAGUAGUGGAUGAUGAGGAUCCAGUAUUUUCCAUCUGCCCAUCAAACAUGAAGGAACCCAACGAUCCCGGACGCUACAACGCCUCUGUCAACUUCACUGUUGAAGCUAUGGACAACGUGAAUGUGACAAACAUUGAUGCCAAUUAUAGACCUAAUGAUGAGUUUCCAGUGGGAGUGACAACAGUGGUUUACAGAGCAACAGAUGCUGCCGGAAACCAACAAACUUGUACAUUUGACAUUGAGGUGGAAGAUGUUGAAGGUCCAGUUUAUGAGAACUGCCUGCCGAACGUGACGGCUACAACUGCACUAGGAAGUGCUGUAGCUUCUGUGAGUUGGGCGGUGCCUACAGUGAUUGAUAACAGUGGAGUAAUGAUAUCAGCAGGAAGCAGCCAACGACCAGGGGAUGAAUUUGGCAUUGGCUCAACAACGGUGUCCUACGUGGCUGUUGAUGGCGCCGGAAACUCAGGAAUAUGUGAAUUUGAGGUCAUCGUUACUGAUGAUGAAGACCCCAUAUUUACGAUGUGUUCGUCGAACUUGGAGGCUAUCAUACCCACGCCAGGUGUUAACACCACAUUCGUCAACUGGACCAUCCCAGUAGCUUCUGAUAACUCUAAGUCUGUUGUGGUGACUCCAUUGACUGAAGAGCCUGGAGUGUUCUCUGUUGGUACAACCCUCAUUGUCUACAGUGCCUCAGAUCCUUCAGGAAACACGGUCAACUGCUCCUUCAGUGUCACCGUCUUCCCCCAUGAGUUGUUGGAUCUGGUCAUUGCCUGUCCAGCUGAUAUGGACUUUGACACUGACCCCUCGUCCAACAGCACCGUUGUGUUCUGGCCUCCCCCGAUGUACAAUGGCACGGUAAUGGACCUAGUUGAAUCCAACUAUGCCAACAAUAGUCGGCUGGAGGUUGGACAAUACUUGGUGGUAUACAAUGCAACUGCUCAAGAUGGAAGAAACACGUCCUGCGACUUCUACAUUUCAGUUAUAGAUAGGGAGAGUCCAGUCAUCAUGAACUGUCCCAUGGAUAUCGGCCAGUCGACAGACCAAGGCAGGGAUACAGCAAUUGUUAGUUGGGGUGCAGUGUCAGCUCAAGACAACGUCGGUGUUUCGACGUUUACCUCAAACCACCAGAUUAAUGACAGUUUCUCCAUUGGUGUAACCACUGUGCGCUAUUAUAGUGCUGAUUUGGCUAGCAACUCCGACACCUGUGUAUUCAAUGUGACAGUCUAUGAUGAUGAGGAUCCGAUGUUCACUUUCUGCCCAUCUAACAUGGAGGCAAAGACUGAUGCUAACGGCACCUGGGUAGCUCCUACUUGGGAUUACCCAAAUGCUACAGACAAUUCCGGUUCGGUAUCCAUCACUACACACUAUGCAGGAGAAAUGUUCCAACUUGGAACGGUUAACACUAUUACAUAUAAUGCUACGGAUGAGGCUGGCAAUACUGUGUUCUGUGUCUUCAAUGCGACUAUUAUAGAUGGCACCCCUCCAACGAUAUCCAACUGUCCUGGUGACCUGGCUGUACCCACCGACCAAAGCGUGUCCACUGCUCAAGUCAACUGGACUGAGCCAACAGCUGUUGAUAAUGGUCAAUUGAUCAGUUUGGACUCUGACAUAGCAUCAGGAAGUAUCUUCAAUCUUGGUUCAACUGUAGUGACUUACACAGCAGUGGAUUCAGUGGGACUCGUGUCAACUUGCCAGUUUAACGUCACUGUUGCAGACAAAGAAGAGCCAGUGUCUGCCGACUGCCCAGUCAAUGUCAUCGGUGGCACCACUCUAGGUCAGAGCACAGGGAGUCCCUUCUGGAUUGCCCCAACUUUCACUGACAAUGUCGGUGUUGUCAACUCAUCCUCCAACUACCAACCCAUGGACAAUUUACCCAUCGGAACAACGACAGUGGUCUACACUGCUGUAGAUGCCGCAGGCAACAUUGGGAACUGUACUUUUGAUGCCAUGAUUACGGAUGCUGAGGAUCCGAUGUUCACUUUCUGCCCAUCUAACAUGGAGGCCAAGACUGAUGCUAACGGCACCUGGGUAGCUCCUACUUGGGAUUACCCAAAUGCUACAGACAAUUCCGGUUCAGUAUCCAUCACUACACACUAUGCAGGAGAAAUGUUCCAACUUGGAACGGUUAACGCUAUUACAUAUAACGCUACGGAUGAGGCUGGCAAUACCGUGUUCUGUGUCUUCAAUGCGACUAUUAUAGAUGGCACCCCUCCAACGAUAUCCAACUGUCCUGGUGACCUGGUUGUACCCACCGACCAAGGCGUGUCCACUGCUCAAGUCAACUGGACUGAGCCUACAGCUGUUGAUAAUGAUCAAAUGUUCAGUUUUGACUCUGACAUAGCAUCAGGAAGUAUCUUCAAUCUUGGUUCAACCGUAGUGACUUACACAGCAGUGGAUUCAGUGGGACUCAUGUCAACUUGCCAGUUUAACGUCACUGUUGCGGACAAAGAAGAGCCAGUGUCUGCCGACUGCCCAGUCAAUGUCAUCGGUGGCGCCACUCUAGGUCAGAGCACAGGGAGUCCCUUCUGGAUUGCCCCAACUUUCACUGACAAUGUCGGUGUUGUCAACUCAUCCUCCAACUACCAACCCAUGGACAAUUUACCCAUCGGAACGACAACAGUGGUCUACACUGCUGUAGAUGCCGCAGGCAACAUUGGGAACUGUACCUUUGAUGCCAUGAUUACGGAUUCUGAAGAACCAGUUUUCAUAGCGUGUCCUGGUGAUAUGCAAUUAAGCACAAUGGAAAAUGGUUCCUUUGUUUCCCUCACCCUGGACCUUCUGAAUGCUACGGACAACUCGGGUAUUGUGACGGUGACACACGAUUACGAUGGAGUACCUCUCGCACUUGGCUCCAUCACGCUGGUCACAUUUACUGCGGUGGAUCCGUCUGGUAACUUGGGAAUGUGCUCCUUAAAUGUAUCUGUUGCUGAUGGCACCCCUCCAGCGAUAUCCAACUGUCCUGGUGACCUGGCUGUACCCACCGACCAAGGCGUGUCCACUGCUCAAGUCAACUGGACUGAGCCCACAGCUGUUGAUAAUGGUCAAUUGAUCAGUUUGGACUCUGACAUAGCAUCAGGAAGUACCUUCAAUCUUGGUUCAACUGUAGUGACUUACACAGCAGUGGAUUCAGUGGGACUCAUGUCAACUUGCCAGUUUAACGUCACUGUUGCGGAUCAAGAGGUCCCAGUCGUAGAGGGUUGUCCACCACGCGUGAUCGGGAGCAGCAGCCCAGGCCUAGAUACAGGCACAAUGUUCUGGAUAUCACCAACAGCAAGUGACAAUGUCGGCGUGACUAGCUUCGUAUCCAACUACGUACCCAUGGGUAUAUUCCCCAUUGGUACUACUGUAGUAGUUUACACUGCCACGGAUGCUGCAGGCAACACUGCCAACUGUUCAUUUGAUGCCUUAAUAAUGGAUAGCGAAGCACCAGUCUUCUCCUUCUGUCCAGAGGGAAUAAACUUUGCCACGGGGACCAACGGUUCCUAUGCUAUUCCGACAUGGCCGAUGCCGAACGUUACCGACAACUCGGGUGAUGUGACGUUGACCAGCGAUUACUCCGAUGAACCUCUGGCUGUUGGCUCUACGACCCUCAUCACAUACACUGCACUAGACCCAUCCAGUAACAUGCAGACUUGCUCCUUCAAUGUUAACAUCACUGAUGGAACGCCACCAGAGGUUUUGAACUGCCCAUCUGACAUUAGUGUCCCGAAUCAACUGACCACAGCUUCCGGCCAAGGGAACUGGAGUGAACCUACGCCCAGGGACAAUGUCGGUGUGAUCACCUUUGAAAGUGACUACAAUUCAGGGGACCUAUUUGACAUUGGGUUGACUGAGGUUACCUACACUGCAACAGACGCUGUGGGGCUGUCCACCAUUUGUCAGUUUAACGUCACUGUUGAAGAUAUUGAGGCCCCAACCAUAACAAAUUGUCCAGGCAACUUGUUUGGUUCAACACCACUUGGCCAGUCCACCUCUCAGGUGUUUUGGAUUAACCCGCGAACAUCCGAUAACUCAAUGGCUACUCUGGAUGUGGAGUCCAACUUCAGCCCCAGUGAUCCGUUUCCAAUUGGUACCACAACUGUGGUUUAUACAGUGACUGACCCAAGUGGAAACUCGGAUAACUGCUCCUUUAAUGUCCAGGUUACUGAUUCUGAGCAACCAGAGUUCUCCUUCUGUCCCGAUGACCUGAGUUUGGAACUUGAUAACGUUGGGGACUCCUCCGUCAUCCCGACUUGGCCGGUACCCGUGGCUACGGACAAUUCUGGCACAGCGACUCUCACUACAGACUACGACGGCAGAGCUUUUGAUGUGGAUACAACCACCAUUGUAACAUACACUGCAACCGAUCCAACUGGAAAUGUCAGAGAAUGUGUGUUUUCAGUUACGAUUAACAAUACAGCAAGUUUCAGGAUACGCGGUUGCCCAGAAGACAUCAUAGUAUCAACCUCCUUGGGGUUGCCAACCGGAGUUGGAAAUUGGACAGCGCCGACAGCUACUGAUGACGGAACUGUAGUCAACUUAACCACCAACUAUGAGCCUCUUUCCAUAUUCAAUUUGGGUGUCACAGAAGUUAACUACACUGCAGUUAAUGACAUGGGUUUGCAGGCAGAAUGCCUGUUUAAUGUCACAGUUAUAGAUACGGAGGAUCCUGUCUUUACGAGCUGUCCCGUGUCUUUCAUCACAUACGCGCCUGCCGGCAGUCCUAUUAUAGUAAACUUUCCAGCGUGGACGAACCCAACAUAUUCAGAUAAUACAGACCAAAUCCAUAUUGAUUUGUCACCUCUCACUGCCCUCACCAUGGGCCUUCAGUUGGGAACAACUACAAUUACAUAUACAGCAUCAGAUGCAGCUGGAAACCAAGCCUUUUGUAUCUUUGAUUUUACUUUAUUGGAUAGAGCAGCUUUCAGGAUACGCGGUUGCCCAGAAGACAUCAUAGUAUCAACCUCCUUGGGGUUGCCAACCGGAGUUGGAAAUUGGACAGCGCCGACAGCCCCUGAUGACGGAACUGUAGUCAACUUAACCACCAACUAUGAGCCUCUUUCCAUAUUCGAUUUGGGCGUCACAGAAGUUAACUACACUGCAGUUAAUGACUUUGAUGUGAAGGCAGAAUGCCUGUUUAAUGUCACAGUUAUAGAUACAAUGAAGCCGGUGAUUGCAGAUUGUCCUAUAGACAUAGUGAAGAAUACCACUGGUAGUAGUGAACUAGUGGACUGGACUCCGCCCACAGCUAGCGACAAUGUUGCCAUAAUCAAUGAGUCCUACAGUCAUCUUCCCAAUACAAGCUUUGCAGUGGGAAGUCUAACCACAGUAAUGUACACCUAUGAAGAUGCUGCGGGUAACCAGGCUGUUUGUCGAUUCGUCAUCAUUGUACAAAAUACGAGUGAACCAGUUGAUCGACCACCAACGUUCAAUUCCUGUCCAUCCAACAUGUUUGUAAACACCACACUGAAUGAGGACUUUGCAGUGGUGACAUGGCCCGUUCCAAUGGCUGUGGAUGACAAUGGCUCACCCAUCGUCGUUGAACAGAAUGGAUAUAACACAGGAAGACGCUUUAAUAUUGGGCAGUGGAUGGUCAUGUAUGUGGCCACUGAUUCCAUUGGGCAGACUGCCUCAUGUGAUUUUAGUGUCACCGUUACAGAUAACGAAAAGCCGGUGAUCCAAAAUUGCCCUGCUGACAUCACUCGGGUGACGACAGCAGGCUCUAUGGUUGCUGUGAGCUGGAAUCCACCUUCCUCAUCGGAUAACUCCGGGGAAUACAGCAUGACGGUGAAUGAUAAUCACGUAUCUGGAGAUGCAUUCGCUAUUGGGGUGUACAACGUCAUCUACACAGCUAUGGAUCCAAGCGGAAAUGCAGAGACUUGUGUGUUUGUCAUUACCAUUGAGGAGGAUAUGCCUCCUGAGUUUGCCUCGUGUCCUCAGAGUACCACAGUUAGCACUGACCCAGGAGAGGCCUUUGCAACGGUUGGCUUCACUUACCCAAAUCCAACAGACGACCGAAGCACCCCAAUCCUGAUGGGGUCUCAUGCACCAGGCACGCAGUUCCCUCUCGGCGACACUGAAGUUGUAUACACAGCUUAUGAUUCCGCCGGGCAAUCGACAGAGUGUGUGUUUGUCAUUACUGUGGAAGAUCGUGGUGAUCCAAUCGUCAUGAACUGCCCAACAGAUAUCACCAUCUACGUGCUGUCAGCAAGUUCUGAAGCCGCAGCAUUCUGGACCCUUCCGACUGCGAAUGACACAAGUGCUGUUACAUUGAGUUCCAACAAAGACCCUGGGGAUCUGUUUGGGUCUGGUACAACCAAGGUGACCUAUACAGCUACCGAUGCUGCUGGCAAUGAAGACAGCUGCUCUUUCUCAGUAACUGUCCAAGAAACAAAUCCGACCUAUGAAACUGAUGGUACUGUUGAGCUAGUCAGGAUUGCAAACACUAGUUCCUCAUCUUUUACAGAAAGCUUUGUGGAUGCAGCAAUCGACGGCUUGAUAGAAGACUUGGACAAAUUGUUUCGACUGAGUUCUGUGGCUGCAAACUUCAUUGGAAUCACUCUGGAUACUGCCAACCUAUCUAACGACAACAAAGCAACCGUAAAGUUUAUCAUUUCUUUCAUUGGAUCUCCACCACCGAAUGAUACUGACAUAGUUAAUGCAUUCACGUCUUCUCUGACCGGUGUCUCCACCAACCAGUUUGAUACAGGCAAUGCUGUUACAGUGGGUUCAUUCUUGUUGAGCCAGCAAGACUGUCGACAAAUACCUUGUCAGAAUGACGGCACAUGUGCACUUCAAGGAAGCUCAUAUACCUGCUCGUGUACUGCUUCCUGGUCUGGUGACACUUGUGAACAAGAUGUUGAUGAGUGUCUUACCACUCCUUGUGCAUCGGACCGUGUAUGUAUCAACACAUUGGGUAGUUACAUCUGUGGCUGUGCUUCCGGAUUCUUCCUGGUUGGUGACUCCUGUAUUUCCGUGUCCCAGUUCAGUGGUUCAUUUGCAAUCACUCGUAUCGGCGCUCAAACGGCAGUUUUUAGUGCUGCUUUGGAGGAUGCAUCUACCCAGGAAUACCAGAGUGUUGUCAGUGACGUCACAGCAGUGCUGGAUGGAAUUUUCUCAACUGAGCCGUCCUUCAUAGAAUCUCAAGUCCUGGGCAUGUCCAGUGGCAGCAUCAUGGUGGAAUACCUCCUCAUCUUUGCCUCGGAUACCGAGUUGAACGAAGAUGCGGUUACCAAGCAGAUGAGCGCCAGCGUGUCCGGUGAUGGGGAGAUGGCCAAUAGUGAUAUCUACAUCAGACCAUCCUCACUCACUGUUGCUAUUGAAAUUUGUCCAUCUGGCUUCUGCAAAAAUAGUGGAACUUGUUCACCGGACCCUGUAACGUAUGAAAGUACAUGCACGUGUUCCAGUCCUUACUCUGGAGACCGCUGCGAGAUCACUGAUGUCUGGUCACCGAUCGUCAUUGCCAUGGUAGCAACCGCUGGGGUGCUCAGCAUUGUCCUGAUUGCUCUCUUCUUUGUCUGUUGCUUCUUCCUCGGCAAACGUCUUGACGAAAAAGAACCCAAGUACCCAGGUAUCUACGACAUUGAGCAGCGUGACUCGUACAACUCGUCACUUCCAUCCAAGAAGCAAAGCCGAUCGUCAAAUGCUCCACCGUCUCAGCCAUCUGGACGUAGGAUCCAGACGAGCUUUGCCACUUCAGUUGAUCUUGAUGCAGGGAACUACAGACAAAAUGACGAUGACUUGGCCGAUGUUUCGUUUGUUAACCACGUCUUUGACAUUCAGAAUGAUGAGUCGGCUCACGUCCCACAUCUUCAUCAUGGCCUUCAGGAGCAAACUUUGGGCUACACAGACGAUGUGCCUCGUGACUACCCAAUGGCAACAUUUAUGCGCCCUUACAUUGCAACAGGACAAGAAGCCUCUGAGCAGUUUCAUGCUACCCAGGGUAGGCGACACAUUGACGCCGACUACUUCUAGAUGGUUUUGCCAAACGCCACUAUUAAAAACAAUUACCUCACAACUCCCUACAUUUUGUUUCAACACAAAGACCAGACUAAAAUAACAACUUCCACCAAAUUAGAAAUCUUACCGUACUAAAGAUUACACAAGGUCUGCAUGAACCAUUGUAGAGGCAAACCAAUGGGCCAUAUUUUUGACCGCGUGAGGGCGUUCGGGGGUAUAUUCAUUCGUACCCAAAACAGAUAUGAAAGACCGGAACACAUUAACAACACAGACAUCUAAUCCAUCAAGAACAAUAAGACAUUUGAAGGAGCCGAUACAACCCACCUCUAAAGCAACUUCAAACUACAGCGCAACAAACGUGACAGAACGCCUAUUAAAACUGUGCAGGACUAAACGCGUUUACCCCCGGAAGUGAUAAGAAUACCACUGAGAGCGCCCUCAUGCGGUCAAAAAUUUGGCGCAUUAUAAGUACUAACCAACUGAAAUCAUCUUUAAUUUCAGUUAUUUCUUUUUUCUUAAAUCUAUUCAGGAAUAUAUAUUUUUUUAAUCUUCUGAAGGUGUUUUAAAGGUGUAAUUUUUUAUACAAGUUUUUUACUAAUCAAUGUUCUAUUUAUGGUAGUUCAGCUGUAGAUAUUGUCCAACAAUUAAAAUUUUUAGAAUUGUUGUUUUAUGUUAUUUUUUUAUGUACCCAGAGGUUGCGUAACUUUUGUGAUUAUUUUAAUCUAAUUUUAUUUUAUUUUAUUGUAAUCAAGUGUAGUUUUGAUGGGAACUGGUUCUUGGUUGAGCAAGCGUAACUGAAAGUUCACCGUAAAAAAAAGAUAGAACCAAAUGAGUCAAACUUCUGUCUGCCGUGUGUGUAAUGUCUCCUUUUUAAUGUCUCAUCUGACAAAAGAUUUCUGUUAAAAUGAAAAUUGGCUUUGAAAUGAAGAUUAGACGUGACUUAGGGUCCAAUCACAAUUAUCAACAUUUUCACAAGCGUACAAACCAUACACUUGGAGAGAGGGGGUAAUGCCUGCCGUACGCUUUUGUUUUCCUUUAAACAACUAUGUCGAACUUUUUUUGCACCGUUAGAUAAUACGCUUUGUUUUCCCUUUCAAUGGUCGGAUAAACUACGUCUUGUAUACAUGAUCUGUAUUCUUUAUAUUUUUCUUUUGUAAUCUGUGAUCGUAAUAAACAUGGUUUGCAUGUAAUUCACAACCAAGUAUCUCUAUCUACAUGUACAAUAGUGGGAAAACAACAUCAACUUUUUUCUUUGUGUACUUUUGUGAAAAUGUUGAUAAUUGUGUAUGGCCCCUUUUGCUACAAUUAUUUGUCCAUUGGUUCUAAUGUAAUUGGACAUAAUGCAGAUAAGUGAGGAUCUCGUCGAUUUUGAUUGUCUUAUUUUGAGCCAAUUGCGUUUUUUAAGUUAUUUUAUUUUGUAUAGAAUGGACAACUACUGCAAAGAAAAAAAAACCUGUUAAAUGUUUUUUAUCGCGACUGUACUGUUGACUAGUCUUUUUAAAUGAUAACCCACCCAUAUGUAUACAAUUAACACCAAAUAAUCAUCUCUAAAUUAUUUCAUUUUUCAGAUGGGACAAACAAAUUAAAUAAAGUUAAUAAGAAGAA